AUGCUUUUAAUGUCCGUUCUCACAGGAACCUUUCGUGUUAAAAAUGCGGCUUUUGUUAAUCCGGAAGAUUUACCUAAGCAAGAAAUGGAAAUGAAGAGUGAUCCACAGGUGGAGAGAGUUCGUCGUGCACAUCUGAAUGAUAUGGAAAAUAUUCUACCUUUCCUUACCAUUGGGCUCCUUUAUGUACUAACAAAUCCAAAUAAAGUAAUCGCCAGUAAUUUAUAUCGAGUUGCAGCAACAGCUCGAAUUAUUCAUACAGUUGUAUACGCUCUCUACCCCAUUCGUCAACCAGCUCGUGCUAUUUGCUUCUUUACAUGCUACUUGAUUGAAAUAUAUAUGGCAAUAAUGUGCAUUAUUAGAUUUUGGUGA